AUUCCGACCACUUGGAUCUGGAAAGUCUACGCUGAGCAACGCAAUCAGUAGCAAUUACGGAAUGGCGCAUAUAGAUUUCGAGAAACGCUUAGAUCGGUACAUGCAAGAGCGCCGUAUCCCGUUGGUGAAAAGGAGACCGGAGGACGUCGUUGCGCUCGACGAUAAAGGUUUGCCAUUGGUAAAAGAACCUGAAGGAGAUGUGGAACUCCCGGAAGACCUAGGAGAUCAACGCUACAAUUGUGACAGAGCAACUAUUCAGGCAUUCGUACGGAAGUACUUGAAAGAGGGAGCAGUUCUUCCAAAAAGAAUGCUGAAAGAAUGCUUGACGGAUUUAUUUGAACCACCUUAUCGGUGGACUGGCCUUAUCUUCGACAAUUUUCCCGCUAGCUCUUACGACGCGGAUGCUGCUUUGAGUAAUUUUGCAGUUCCGGAAAUCGUCGUUGAGCUCGUAUGCAGUCCCGAUGAAGCGCGAUCGAGAACAACCUCGAAAUUGUACAAAGCUUGGAAAAUGAAGCAGGAUGAAAGAAAAGCUAACGAGAAGGUGAGAUUCGAGAAUGAAAUGGAAAAAGUUACUAAACUGAGAGAAAAGUGGGUGUUGAAAAUGCUGAAAGCUCGCAGAAAGCUCAGGCGCAAUCGAUUGCUGAUCGACCCUGGAAACGGACAAGAUGACGAAAGUGGAGACAGCAGAGAAAUUGAAGAGCAGGUCUCAACUUCUGACGCGGAUAUCGAUUCUACGGACGACCCCUAUGACUCCAGUGAUUCGAGCGACUCGGAAGUCGACAAGACUCAAGCUGAAAUUGAUCGAGCAGAAUUCCAGGAGAAAUCUCAUGCAAGAUACAAAGACCCGGUGAAAUUUGAGGAUUGGGAGCAUCCUGCCACUGUUAGAGAGCGGAUACGGCGGGAGGUCGACGAAGACUACGAGUUCAGCAGUCAAAAAUUGGCAGCAGCUAAAUCAGUAUUCGAGGAAGAGUCGAUACCGUGGAUAGAAGUCGACGCUGAGCAAAGCCAGGCCGAAGUCUUGAUGACGGUGCUGAAGAUUCUGGACCCCUACGUCUUUCGAAAUGCUUCAUUUUUGGAAAGAGUCGAGGAGGUCGACGUAGAAACUGCCGAAAAGCUGUUGGACAGUGGGUACUACUUUCUGAGCUCAUUUGGCAAGUUUUGUCCGGUCCAAAUGUUCGAGAAUAAAAUACCCUUCCAGAUGUUUUUGCCUCUCGAGGCAGCCCAUCAGAUAUACCCAGUCCUACAUCGUCAAUACAUCUACUUUCUGGCGGGAAAAGAAAGACUAACCGCCUUCAUUGAACACCCGUUGAAAUAUCUUAACCAGGACUCAUGCACGCCCCUGAUUCCGGCUAGAAUCGCAGUCAUUGGCCCUCCGAAAUGCGGCAAAACAACAAUCGCCAACCGCUUUGCUCGCACAUACGGAAUGAAGGCGAUAACUAGAGGCCAGGUGCUUCGACAUACGUUGAAAAAUUUUUCUUGGACCGAACUAGCGACGCUGACCAGCGCCCAUCUUCGAGGUGGCCACACUGCCCUCGACGAGUCCAUCGCUCGAUGCGUAGAACUCGACUCCAUUGAUCCUCGCGGUAUUUCCCAGGGCUAUAUUCUCGACGGUUUUCCCGAGAACCAAUCGGAAGCCGAGGAGCUCGCCUUCCUCGGCAUCCAGCCGAUGAUCGUGGUCGACCUGAAGGCUGACCUGGACUUCUGCCUGCGCUGUUUGGCGGCGGAUUCCAACGCUCGAACAAAGCCUCCGACCUUUUCGCCCUGCUACUUGUCUCACCAGUACGAAGAGUGGCAGGCAGGAGCUGCAGACUAUCGUUGCUGGCUGAAAAAAUUCUCUCAAAACGUAGUCACCCUCGAUGCCACUGCCCAAAAACUCGCGGUAUGGAUCCGCGCAGACCGUGAAGUUUGCCGGAGGUUUUCGAGCAUAAAAAAAUACUUUCGGGAAGCUGACUACGACACGGCUCACUCCCUCACCCACUUGUGCGUCUCUCUUUACGAGUUCAGAGAGAGGCAGAGCCGGUACGAGUCCUACUGCCCGGUGUGUCUGGGCCGCGAUAAUGUCCUCACGUUUUCUGGUACCCCGCCAAAUCACGAGGGCAUGGUGCAGUUCCGGUCGCAUUACUACUGGGUGUGCGAUAUUCACUUGGCGGCCUUCCUGGCCAACGCUUCGGCAAUCCUUUCCUCGAUUCAAGACGUUGUCUUGCCCCAAUCUCGCCCCGAGAUCGUCGACGAAGAGAUCGACGUGAACCACGCUUGCUGGGCGAAGAGACUCAAGGUUUCCGGCUUCUGCCCGGUUACCUACCUCGACAGUCUUCCGGACCGGCGAGUUUUCCCAGGCCUGAACACGCUUGGCGUUGUGUUCAAGGAAGACCUGUACCUAUUCUGCUCCACGGAAUGUCGCGGAAAAUUUAUAACCCAGCCGACGAAGUACGCGGAUGUUCAGAUCAACUUCACGCGCACAUUUCCGCCGAUAAAUAUCAACGCUUUGCCCAAUCUCGGCUUCCUCGAACAGACUGUCGCCGGUCGUGUACCGGUUCCGGAUGCGCGUUUCGACUACUUGUGCGAGUACUUCAAGCCUCCGAGCAAGGUUCCGGGGUUCCUCAACGUCGUCGACAUCGCCGGACUAGUUAAGGGCGCCGCCGAAGGCCAGGGGCUCGGAAAUGCUUUUCUGUCCCACAUCAGCGCCUGUGACGCCAUAUUUCAUCUUUGUCGAGCCUUCGAGGACGAUGACGUAACCCACAUCGAAGGCGAGGUCAACCCUGUCAGAGAUCUUGAGAUCAUCAGCGAGGAACUCAGGCUCAAGGACGUCGAGUUCCUCAAUGCCCAUCUCGAGAAACUUGAGAAAUUGGUUGUUCGGGGUAACGACAAGAAACUGAAGCCCGAAUACGAUACCCUCCUCAAGGUCAAAUCCAUUCUGGUUGACGAGAAAAAGCACAUCAGAUUUGCCGAUUGGAGUGCAAAUGACAUUGAAGUGCUGAACAAGUAUCUCUUCCUAACGUCGAAGCCGGUAAUCUACCUGGUGAACCUUUCCGAAAAGGAUUACAUCCGCAAGAAGAACAAGUGGCUAAUCAAGAUCAAAGAAUGGGUCGAUAAAAACGACCCCGGUUCCGCUCUGAUCCCGUUCAGCGGUGUGUUCGAGAACAAGAUCUUUGACAUGGAGGAUGAGGAGCGCGCCAAGUACUUCGAGGAGCACAAAGCAACCAGUGCGUUGGACAAGAUUAUCGUUCAAGGAUACAAGGCGUUGCAGCUUCAGUAUUUCUUCACCGCUGGUCACGACGAAGUCAAGGCUUGGACAAUCCCGAAAGGAGCGAAAGCGCCACAAGCUGCCGGAAGAAUUCACACGGAUUUCGAAAAAGGUUUCAUCAUGGCUGAGGUUAUGAAAUUUGACGACUUCAAAAACGAGGGGUCGGAAGCCGCGGUCAAGGCGGCUGGAAAGUACAGGCAACAGGGUCGAAACUACGUCGUAGAAGACGGGGACAUAAUCUUCUUCAAGUUUAAUGCAGGCGCGGGGCUGAAAGACGCCAAGAAGAAGUGAUGGCGCGCCUUUUUUGCACCGCUGCUGGUUCACCUCUACGCCAGAGUUGAUCUUUUUUACAGCGCCCACAGUCGCGAUUAUGCGAAUCGUUGGCUGAUCGACUCGAUCAUGAGAUUAGUUUGAGAAUGCAUUUUUAAUUCUGUUAUGCGCGAGGUUCAAUUUUUCUUCACGCAUAAGUGCGAGGUAUCCAUUGAAAUUUUUUAUCACGCCGAGGUAAUAUUUUGAUCGAUAUUCUAACCAGCUAGCGGCAAUCCUCUACGCUCCAGAUAACGGAUA